AUGGCAGCACUGUUGCACGACUCGCACGUUCUCAAUUCAGAUACCAAUGUCCUGGGUGCAUUGGGUCCUGCUAAUCCCAUCACUUUGUACACUGCAAUCGCCAACUUGCUUUCGUAUGCCAUCCCGAAUAAGGAUUGUGCGGAAACGAGAAAUGAGGAAGUUCCUGGGCUGUCUCACAGCGUCGGAUCUUUGGCCGGUGACUCUUUGACCGGCGCCGGCUUCGCCUCCGUAUCACCAUUCCCUGAGGGCCGUACACGAAUGCAAGGUCAGAACCUCAGGACACCUGAGUCUACCGGUACCAAAGAGCAGUCCCUAGCGCAGGCCCCUGAUAAUUCCUAUAUUCAUUCACUAUCACCGGAUGGCACGAAGAGUCAAAUACUUCAUCAGUCGGGACCAGUCUCUAAGGCCUCGUCCCAAGAUGCUUUGCCCGAUCCCAGCUCCUCACCAGCACACAAGCAUGUGCAGCCUAUGCAGCUCACUCGCUUCGCCCUUGGUGGAUCUUGCUGUUCAAAUGAACACAGCCAGAGUAUGGAGAACAUUAAGGGCACUUCCGCUGCCGUCGGUAAUAAGCCCAUGUUCCAAAUUGGCGGACCGUCAAGAGACGACUCUCACAAGAGCUCUGGUCACUCUGCCCUUCCCAACACUCGCAUCAGCAACUUGACAGCUCAGGCUCUACAGCAGAGCGAGUCUGCCGUUGACCCAGGCACCGAAUCCGAAUGUGUUGACGAGAGUGCCAUCGACGACGACGACUCUUCUGACUGGGAAGACUCCACGGAAGACAGCGGCAAAUCUAGUGUUGACGUCCAGCUCUUCCAGCGCGUCGAGUUCAAGGCCAAGCCCGCCUCCCGCCCAUCGCUAAUCACGCUCAUGCUUGCUCAGAACGAGCGCACCAGGACACUCGGCAAUCAAGCUUCACAGUCUACUCCUGUUAUCCACCGAACCCGAGCGGCACCUAAUGGACCAAGUCUGGGUGUUUCACCCGAUGACUCUGACGAAGCGCCGCUGAUGAUGAAGGGUAUGCGACACUCUGCACUCAAGCCUAUUAGCGAAAUCUCUCGAUCCAGCGCUCAACCCAUCACGACCCACGCUACUCACGUCAACUUCCCCGCGGCCUUUUCUCCCCGAACCACCCGCCGCAAGAUGCUGGCUACCGAACUUACCGAGUCACUCCGACUCAACCUUGUUUGGGAGCGGCAGCAGAAAAAGUGCUGCCACACUUCACAGGACGUUGCCAACCUGCAACAAUAUCUUCAGUGGGCAUGUAUAAAGCCGAGCGAGGACAUGGAAAUAUUCGGCCGGGAUGAAUUCUUCCCCAUGGGAACUUUCAAUGGAUACAAUUUCAAGGGCUGGUAG